ACGAUCGGAGCUGGUGUUUAGCGUCAACCGCGACAAACACUUUCGGCGUUUUAUGAUAUUAAAAUAAUAUUAUCGUUUUCUAACCGGUCGCGACGUCGGUUCUGCCUAGAAAACACUACAGUCCGAACUAGUCAGCACACGACUGCUAUUAUCAAUCAAAAUAGAUAACUUCUAUCGUAAAACAAUAUCGUUAACGCGUGACCGUUGGCUGACAGUCAACUAAUGAGUAAAUCGCCGGCGACGUACAGCUCGCGAUAACCACACUGUUUCGCGCACAAGGUACAAUUAUGGUGCAGCGACAGCAAAAGGAUGUGAAAGUGAUCGUAAACAAUCACGGUAACACGAUCCGCUGUUUUCGGUUCGGAUCAUUAUCGUCACCGUAGUGCAAUGAUGGCACGAGCGUAUGUGGCCGAAUGGAUUGUAGCGUGGGCGUUCUGGUCGGCAUCCAUAAUCGUCGGUGCCAAGGUGAUGAAAUGCUGUCCCAGGGACAUAAUAUUGGCCAUUGACACAUUCUCGUGCACGGGUUUCGUGACAGAUGACCAGAAUCAACGAGAGUCGUAUGCUUGGACGUCGUCGGAUGACUCAGCCGCGGUCACCACACCUGAAGACUUGGCGUUGUCCGUCUCUAACAGCAGCUCUAUACCAUGGUGGAUACCCCCCUAUAUGGAGUUCCUGCAGGCAUCAAAUCUGUCGGAAAAGUUCGAACCGGACGGCAGGUCGUUCGACACAGAUGGCAAAAUGCCUUGUGAAAUAGGCACCCGGGAGAUGACCGUCAUUGACGACGAUGUGGCGGUGCUGGACGACGGGCGGCUGAUCAUGUUCGGACAGGAAAACCGGUCGGCCGCCGCUUACGAGCGGUUGACGUUUUCCAGCGCAGAGUACUGCAUCGACCGCGUGUCGCUGGUGGACAGCAUCACGCCGAACAACAAUAACAGCCACAAGACGACUACGACGUCCACGACGACCACGACGACCACAACGACCACCACGGCCACCAAUGCCGAAACACAAUCCACGUACACGUACGUGGCGCUGGUGUGCCGGCCGUGUUCGAGGAUGACAUGCGUGCCAAAGUGCUGUGGCAAGGGUCUUAUGCUCGGGUAUCAGAAGAACAACAAGAGUGACGUCAUCGGGUGCCGAAAAGUGCAGUCCGUGGACAACGCUACCGCCGCGAUACACAUGAAACUCGCCAAYGGCACAGAACUGCGGCGUAAGGACCUCUACUUCUUUGGCCUGAAGCCACCUAACUGUGGUUCUCGUGGUUGGUAUCUGCUUGGUGCAGACACGAAUAAGGGGAGCAUGGUCGCAAAAAAACAAGAGAGCGGGAUCCCAAAAAAGCAAGCGAGUUACGGUYUACUGCCUGACGGCCGCGUGCAGGUGGACGGUGGCCUAUUGCCCAUCGAGCGUGACGAUUAUUGCGUGGACGCGAUGCAGGUCGAGACUAAUUCGUCACCGCCAACGUACACGGGUGUGAUGCUUGCCUGUCGACUGGCCGCCGGUGUGGCGGACGCCGCCGGCCCGCUCAAGUUUCGCGAGAUACUGUACGGCGUCUACUUCGUGGUCGGCACAAUUUUUCUGGCCGCCACGUUGCUCAUAUACGCCGUUCUACCCGAGCUCCGCGUCACCGUCCACUCGGGCAACCUGAUGGCACACACCGUCUGUUUGUUCGUGUCAUACGCUACGUUGGCAGCCACCACGCUCGUUCGCCAAGUGUUCAACAAUUGCGCAUGUGUCAUUGCCGGUUUUGUCAUACAAUUUUCAUUCCUUGCAGCAUUUUUCUGGCUAAAUGUUAUGUGUGCGGAUAUUGCAUGGACAUUUAGUGGAUUCAGAUUACUUUUGUCCUCAAACAAAAUUGAAAAUGAGAAGAAAAAAUAUAUAAUUUAUUCAACUUAUGCGUGGGGUUGUAGCAUUGGAAUUACAGUUUUAACAGCUAUAGCUGAAUUCACCAAAUUAUUUGGCGAUAGUAGUUAUAAGCCAAAUUUUGGCAAUAACGACUGCUGGUUUUCUAAUAAAUUAUCAGUCGGUGUUUUCUUUUAUUUACCAAUUGGGUUACUUCUGUCGACCAAUUUUAUACUGUUCUUGUUCACUGCUUUUAGAAUUCUGUUCAUCCGAAGGGGUACGUCAAAAGUAUUGAAUCGUCAAAAUAACCACAAUGAUAUGAGGUUGUCGCUGUACUUAAAGUUGUUCUGCCUGAUGGGCGUUACUUUCGUUUUCGAAGUAAUCUCGUGGGCAGUCGAGGCACCUGCUUACUACUGGUACGCGACGGAUGCGAUCAACUCACUCCGCGGCGUAUUCGUGUUUUUCAUAUUCUGCUGGAAGCGUUCGGUGCUCAACCUGCUUCUGGCACGAGUGCCCGAACCAGCCCGCGAGCGCUUCGUCCAGGCUUUCGGUGUCCGCGAGCCGCACCGGUACCCGAGCUUCUCGUCAUCGUGCCACCCUAACAACUUCGGCACCACYGUUAACGCCAGCACUCGGACGCACAGCAACACCACGACGUCGACGCAGAUGGCCAACGGAUUGCAGUUGUCACAGUUCGGCAGUUCGGCGUCCGUCACUAUGGCGGCGGCAAGGAGGAAUUCGUCGGGUCGACGGUGAUGAUUCGACACGCCAAAAAACUACCUAAGAUAUCAAUAUAUCAUACAUUCAUACAGAGGACUCGUCAUCACGACAUAAUUGGCAGGCGUGCGGGAUGUUUUAAAUCUCAAAAUGUUUAAAGAGCAUAGAUAAUAACAUAAAUGGAUAGUACAUAUAUUGUUCUUGUGAGAGGGAUCGAAAAGCAUAUUAUAUAAUUAUAUACUAAUUAGUAAUUACCACAAAGCGGUUAAAUGCAAUUUAGGUUGUGGUAUUAAUAACAUCACUACUUAUAAAAUUAUAGGAUGUUAACUUUAAAACACAAUGUUAUGACAAAUCAUAUUAUUUAUGGUAAUUACAAUGAUAGGUAAUGAAAAAUUAAUAAUAUUUAAAAACUAAAUUCAAAAUCUG